AUGUCCUCAUCUACCAACGACUUUGAAAAAGUACUCCGUGAUUUUAUUCCGAAAGAGCUCAUUCCGCCAACAUGGAAGUUUGACGAGAAUAAAACACGCGUGAAAAACAUCCAAUCUCUGUUGAAAGGAGGUCAACUCAAUAUGUUCGAGCACGCUGAGCAACUUGAAAUACAAAUCGGCGACUACAUGUGUUUCCCAAAAAAUGUAGAGUAUUUCAAGAUGGACCCAUUUGAACGAAUUGCUCCAACUCCAAUGGAAUACCUGAGUUUGAAAAAGAAAGAAUAUAUUCACAAAAGCGAUUUGUGCUUAAUGUUUGAUUACGAUGAAAUUUUCCCGGAGGCGGGAUGGCAAAGGAGUGCGGCUGAUUGGAUUCUGAACGAGUGUUGGACGAAGAUGCAGUUUGGAGACCACCACGAGAUGAUAGUGAAUCCGGAUAUGGAGAAAAUUAUUGAGGAAAUUAACAAGGCUUUGGAUCAACAGGACUCUGUUAUCAAAACACUCAACACUUCUCAAAAGGCAACGUUCUAUGAGACAUUCUCGGAUAAAAUGCCAGUAAAAACUGUCAUGAGUGAUUUCAUUUUGGGUUGUAUGGAGGAUAUUGUUGAGCAGUAUCCAGUGAAGAAAUAUUCUGCGGAGCUCUCUAGAAUCCUUGCUGGAGUUGCAUUGGUUAUGGAAGCAGUCGAGGAUUUUGUUAGAAACGAAUCCAUCCACUUGCCACCACUCAACUCAGUACCCCUGACGAAACCAGUCAUCCGACUCUUCUCGAUUGACAAAAAUCGUUUUGUGAUGGCUCACGAGUUGCUCAAAACACUCAAGAAUUGUAAUAUAGAUGUAUCCGGAUUCGAGAAGGAAGUAAAUGGAAUGCCGAAACUGUCAACAUUCACUUUCAGAGAAGUUGUAGAGAAGGUCGAUAAGGAUGUUAUGAAGAAUCUGGAAUUUGUGAAAAUGGAAACAGAUUCUCACUUGAUGUUCAAACAGACGCCUAUCCCGACUUACGAUGGCGGCUACUGUAUCCUUGCAGUGGAUGCUCUCCGUGAUAUUCUUAUGGAAAUGAUCCUUGCGAAGAGGGUGUUCCAGGCAAUUGAAGAAAAGGAUUGGAUUCAUAUCAAGAAGUUUUUCAAGUCAAUUGAAUCUUACUUCGAUCAGACCAGAGGAGUUUACUUUAUCGAUUUGAAGGAUGCCAAGACGAUCAAGGAGCUAUGGGAGAACAUCUACAACACCCAUUUGAAGCAAUCCUCACCGAGCCCAAAACUGAAGAAGACUUCAAAAAUGACUGGAUCACAGUCUAGUCACUUGCAUCUAGCGGUGUUGCAUUGUCAAAUCAAUAGUCUCGUCAGAAAAGUUCCGAUGCUGCUGAAAUUCAUUCAUAAGCAAGGAGCAUGUGACAGGUUGAGUAUUGUGGGAUGUGAGUUGUGUGAUGGGAAAGCACUGGUGGAGGAAAUUGUAGAACCACUAGGAUCAGAAAUUGAAGAAGAGGCCCUAUCAUCAGAAGAUACUAAGUCAGAAACCGAAGAAUCGAGUGCUGAAGCACCGGAGCAAACUGCUGAUACUGAAGAGAAGCCAUCCCAGAAAAAGAAGAAAUCGAAGAAGUCAAAACAACCGACCCCACCGGAAGAAGCCAAACCAAAACAAUCGAAUGCGUGUCCGAAAUGCGAACGAGCUGGAAAAUUCACUCGAGAAGCCAAUGAGAAGUUGAGACUUUCGAAGAUUGAAGUGAAGCAAUUGAAGAAGGAUCUUAUCAGAAACCAAUUGGAAAACGAGGAGAUCAAACAGAAAGUGAUGGAUAAGGAUGAGAGAAUUCGGAUGUUGGAGAGACUUCUGGAAGAGAAGGAUGACGUCAUCAAAGAGCAAGCGGCAAUAAUUGAAGAUCUCCGGAGAGUUCAGGAGAAAGAAGACAGUCAAACUGUAAUCGAUGAAGAGACUGCAAAGAUUGAAGACGUCAAAUCCAACCUUCUGGCUAUCAAGGGAGUUCUUCGCACAGACAGUCCGGUUACCAAAUGCACUGAUAUCGUGAACCGGCUCAUCAUGAACACCAAAAAUAAGAAAACCAAACAAAUGGCAGAAAUGGAGAUGAGAAGAUUCACCAAGGAGGCUACGGAAUAUAUGGAAGCUGUGGAUGAUCGACUUGCCAUGAUCCAAUGCAAUCAAUUUGACGCAGCCGAAGAAAUCCCAGAGCUCCCGGAGUUUCCUGUAUUCUCUCAAGGAUUUCGAAGCAUUUAUGAGAAUAUUAUGAAGUCGAGACCGCCCGUGAUCUGCCAACAACUCCUAUCACCAUCAGAAAAGGUUUCAGAUGAGUUAGAAGACACCGAGUGUGUGAUCUGUCUUAACAACAUGGACCUGGAGGAUGAGACUACAAAAUGUGGGUGUUGCAAGAGGAGAUAUCACAAUGGAUGCAUUCAAGAUUGGCUGAAAGUGAAGAUGACUUGUCCAACUUGCAAUUCAGGACUUUUGGACGAACAGGAGUUUCCAGUGUUGGUUUGA